AUGGCAAAAGAACUGGACCCGUUUAGUUUACUGACAAUUCCUCAACCUCAUUACAUAUAUGGAUACACAGGUUAUUGCCCACAAUACAUAUUUCGGGAAGGUGAUACCUACGGCAAUGCUACCCAUAAAAUAUUAAUAGAUUCAUCCAUAGCCCAUGCCCCUUAUUUGAUUCUGUCUGACCAAGAUGGAGGCGAUGUACAGGUGGAAGCUCCGACAAAAGAAGAAAUUGAGUUGGUUCAUUCUAGGUCUAGUUUGGGGGACCCAUUGUUUCAACAUCCAAUGGUAACAAGAUACGAUGGAAAUAUACCUAGAAUGGGAGAUAGAUUUGGGGCUCCAUUUCCAACUUUGGCAACGCAAGCAAUAGCUGAACAUCAUAGACAUUGGACUGCAAAUAAAAAAAGAAGAGAUGAUGUCAAACAUUUACUUGCUUUGCAAAAAGGCAGCGGAGGACCGAGGAGUCUUCAUGAUAGAAUGUUGACCCAGAACGAUUUCAAAACUAAACUGCACGAGGUUCGUCCUGAAUGCGAAGGCAUAAUGAAAUCGCGUUUCAAUGAACCCUUUAAACAAUACAUUCCGGAUCCGAAAGAUAAUGCUUCACCUUACUUCAUGUGCGUGGAUAAUAAAAAUAAAUACUUCAUUCCAGGGACGACCUAUUGCCAGCCAUUUAAAUAUAAGCAGUUUGGUUGUACGGAAGAAGAAGUGUCUCGCCGUGCCCUGACAGAUUUUACGAACAAUUAUAACGAGCGCGAGGUAAGGCAGUGGGCCCCGAUAUUGGAAGAAGAUAUGCCACUUCCAUGGCAAAUCAAACAUCCGCCACAGCCCAGAAAUCCAAUAUAUCGCGAAGACAGCGGCUUAGUUCCCAGAUAUACUGGAUUUGUACCAGGAUUGAAGUAUAGAUGCGGCAAAACGUACGGGCAUGAAACAUUCGACGCUAAAAGAUGGAUACGCGGUGAUUUCUCAAACUGA